UAACUUAACCGGUUCAACCUGAAACUUUGUUAAACCUCUUAUUUUCCUCUCACCGUCUCUCUCUUGGAAGUUGGAAGCUUCAGACGCAGCAGAAAUGGCGGCUCAGUCGAUUCAUAAUGCAUAUUUGGGGAUCAGGAUAGCUCCUUCAGCUUCUCAGAAACUCUCUCUGAAACCCAUAGCUCAUAUCUCGCCACCAACGAAGCUCAAACCCUCUUCUCAGCCGUCGAUUUCGUGCUCUACUUUAAGUCCAGGUCAAAUUCCGGCCAGAGUAUCCGGAAUAUUCGCAUCUUCCUCUCCUAACUUCUCUCAUGAACCGCCAGAAUCUGACUCUCCGUCCCUUGGAAAGAAGAAGCUGCGUGUGGUGGUGAAACCCCUGGACAAACCAAGAGUGGUACUAAAGUUCGUGUGGAUGCAAAAGGACAUAGGAGUCGCACUAGACCAAACCGUACCAGGCUUCGGAACAAUCCCACUCAGUCCCUACUACUUCUGGCCUAGGAAAGACGCUUGGGAAGAGCUCAAAACUUUGCUAGAAAGCAAGCCUUGGAUCUCCGAGCUCCACCGCGUCUUCCUCCUCAACCAAGCUACAGACAUCAUCAACCUCUGGCAAUCCAGCGGCGGAGACUUGUUGUCUUAAAUCAUAAUAAUCUCACUUCUCAAAGUCCAAACCUUUUAAUCUUAUUUUGUAACGGAAUCAAGUUAAAGACACAGACUUUCAUAUUAAGACAAAAGCAAAAACAAGAUGAUCAGUUUCAAUCGAA